AUGGAAGAACCAAGUGCUUUGAACAUGAACCAACUUCAAGCGGCUUUGGAAGGAAUCUCUGGGCAAUACUCACAAAUUCAAAGAAGUCAAGAGGAACAAGCUCAACAACAAAGGGACCUUUGGCAAUUAAUGGAUCAGCAAAAAGGACUUCAGGCUCAAUGGAUGGAUCAGCAAAGGGAAUUUCUAACGCACAUGAUGGAACAACAACAAGAACAAUAUGACAAAAUGUAUGAAGCCAUCAAUAACUCAGCUGCUGAACAUGAAAGAUCCUUGGAGAAGGUCAAACAAGACAGUUGGCUAGGAUAUCCUAGUACUAUUCUGCGCUUAUGUGAAGAAGCUGGAGUGCCUCUUGAAGAAUUUGAAGAUACAGACUUGGUGUCCAUUGGGAAACCUAUCACCAAGGAAAGAUUGGAGUAUGUCACCACAGUCCAAUUGGAGAGGCAGCCUCUAGCAAGAAGAAAAAAGAGGAAGGAAGCAAGACAAGAGGAGGAGCAAGAAGACAUGGAAGAACCAAGUGCUUUGAACAUGAACCAACUUCAAGCGGCUUUGGAAGGAAUCUCUGGGCAAUACUCACAAAUUCAAAGAAGUCAAGAGGAACAAGCUCAACAACAAAGGGACCUUUGGCAAUUAAUGGAUCAGCAAAAAGGACUUCAGGCUCAAUGGAUGGAUCAGCAAAGGGAAUUUCUAACGCACAUGAUGGAACAACAACAAGAACAAUAUGACAAAAUGUAUGAAGCCAUCAAUAACUCAGCUGCUGAACAUGAAAGAUCCUUGGAGAAGGUAAUACAAGAACAGGCUCAGUUAAGGAAAGAGCAAGCUCAGCAAAGUUGGCUAGGAUAUCCUAGUACUAUUCUGCGCUUAUGUGAAGAAGCUGGAGUGCCUCUUGAAGAAUUUGAAGAUACAGACUUGGUGUCCAUUGGGAAACCUAUCACCAAGGAAAGAUUGGAGUAUGUCACCACAGUCCAAUUGGAGAGGCAGCCUCUAGCAAGAAGAAAAAAGAGGAAGGAAGCAAGACAAGAGGAGGAGCAAGAAGACAUGGAAGAACCAAAUGCUUUGAACAUGAACCAACUUCAAGCGGCUUUAGAAGGAAUCUCUGGGAAAUACUCACAAAUUCAAAGAAGCCAAGAGGAACAAGCUCAACAACAAAGGGACCUUUGGCAAUUAAUGGAUCAGCAAAAAGGACUUCAAGCUCAAUAG